GACUGCAUUCACUUUCACAUUAUUAUAAAAUUAUAUAGGGAUAAUAAUUUAAUUAAAUUCAUUAAAAUAUAUUCGUAUAUAAAAAUCAAGAAGUAUCCAUAUCCUUCAAAAUUUUAGUUCCAGUCUUGUAAGAAGGUUAUAAGGAUGCUCGUUAGAAGUUUUGCGCGAUCUCUUUGGAGUACGGCAAGAGUGGAAAAGAGGUUUUUAGCCUCAAAGCCAGCUAAACCUGAACCAAAUAGCAUGGAAGACAUAGAAGCACAACAGGCAGCAGCCUUAGACAAUGACAUCUGUCUGCUGGUGGAUGAGAAGGACAAUAUGAUCGGCACGGCCACCAAGCGGGUGUGCCACACGGUGGGGCCGGACGGGAGCAUCCCUCUACACAGGGCCUUCAGUGUGUUCCUUUUCAACAAAAGAGGUGAUAUGUUACUACAGAAGAGAUCUAGUCAGAAGGUAACAUAUCCCGACUACUACACCAAUGCGUGCUGCAGCCACCCCCUAUUCAUAGAUGGUAAACCGGAGGAUGUUAUAACAGCAGCCCAACGCAGGUUGAACCAUGAACUUGGAAUACCCAUGGAUCAGCUGGACGCGUCGCAAUUCACGUACCUGACGCGCAUCCACUACCACGACCCCGGGGACGGUGUGUGGGGCGAGCACGAGCUCGACCACAUACUGUUCCUGCAGGGAGACUUCCCCGUCAAGCCCAACUCCGCCGAGAUAUCCGAGUACUGCUACGUGCCCAAGAACGAGUUUAAUGCGUUUAUCCCCACCCUGGAGGGGCCGAUGACGCCGUGGUUCAACAUGGUGCGCCGCCAUCGACUCAAGCUGUGGUGGGACAACCUCCACCGCCUCGAUGAGCUCAAGGAGACCGACAAGAUACACAAGUUCAUCUCCGAGAACUAAAUAUGACCAUUAUCACGAUGCGUUCAAGUAUUACGUAACUCUUUGGUUAUUUUAGAGGUCUUUCUCUCCUGUGUAACGCAUUACAACGAUUUCUCUGUACCCCACCAUGAAAUAUAUUAUAGUAACAAAUUUUCUCAAUGUAUUACAUCACAUAUGUAAGACCCCUAUACAGCUUUACGUAAUUCUUGAACACUCCUUCACCUCCACAAGUGAAUAAAACUCCAAGGAUAGUUAUCCUACUUAACUGUGGUUGCGUUAAUUAUAUUUAUAUUACGUAUAUUAUGGUAAUGUUGUGUUUAUAAUAAUAUUUAUUUAAUUGUAUCUAAGUGGAACACUUCACAUACCAUUACACAUGAUGUAAGUAAAGAUUUAUUUUUAUAGUUGCCUAUAUGUUGAGUAUUAGUAUGGGUUACCUUUGGUGGUCUGUAAAUGGUAUAAAACAUUACCUGACUAGGUUAAGAAUGCUUAACAGUAUUCAGAUGAUGGCAGUAGCUGCUAAUAUUACCUAUUUAAACUUAUUUCUUUUCUUGAGUACAAUCA